AUGGAGCAUCGCGGCGGGUGCAGCGCCGACAACGACUCGGGCGACGGCGCGGGGCUCAUGACGGCCGUGCCUUGGGAUCUCCUCGACAGCUGGCAGCAGGAGAACGGCCGCGGCCCGCUCGACCGCGCCGCGACGGGCGUGGGCAUGGUGUUUCUGCCGAAGAAGGAGAGCGACGCCGAGACCGCCAAGAAACUGGUGGAGGCGGUGAUCAAGGAGGAGGGGCACGGGCUGGAGGUGGUGGGGUGGCGCCAGGUGCCAGUGAACGAGGCCGUGGUGGGGCCCUUCGCGCGCGUCACUCUCCCCACUAUCCAGCAGCUCGUGCUCUCCGUGCCAGGCCUCGCUCCGGACGACACAGAACGCGAACUCUACAUCCUCCGAAAGCUCAUCGAGAAGACCGUCACACGCACCAUCGCAGCAGAGGCAGCAGCCGCGGGGGUGCCAGCGACAGAGCAUCCGUUGAACGACCUGUACUUCUGCUCGCUGUCCAGCAAGACGAUUAUCUACAAGGGCAUGCUGCGCGCCGCUGUCGUGGGGGCGUUUUACACGGACCUGAAGAACGAGCUGUUCCGCAGCCCGUUUGCCAUCUAUCAUCGGCGGUUCAGCACCAACACCACGCCUAAGUGGCUCCUGGCGCAGCCCAUGCGGUUCCUGGGGCACAACGGCGAGAUCAACACGCUGCAGGGGAACCUGAACUGGAUGGUUUCGCGCGAGCCCACGCUCACGUCCCCUGUGUGGCGCGGCCGCGAGGCGGAUAUUUUCCCCGUGGUUAACCUCGCUGCGUCUGACUCGGCGAAUCUGGAUGGUGUUGCUGAGCUGCUGCUGAACAGUGGCAGGCGGCCGGAGGAGGUGCUGAUGAUGCUCGUGCCCGAGGCCUACCAGAACCACCCCACGCUCUCCGCCAAGUACCCCGAGGUGGUGAGCUUCUACGAGUACUACAAGUCGCAGAUGGAGGCGUGGGAUGGACCCGCCCUGCUCGUUUUCAGCAACGGGAGGACAGUGGGAGCGUGUCUGGAUCGCAACGGGCUGCGCCCGGCGCGGUACUGGAGGACCAACGAUGACAUGCUCUAUGUCGCCUCUGAGGUGGGAGUGCUGAACAUGGACGAGGCGACCAUUGUGAGCAAGGGCCGCCUGGGGCCAGGCAUGAUGAUCUCCGUCGACCUGCACACGGGCGAGGUGCUAUCGAACACGUCCAUCAAGAGGCAGGUGGCGAACGCGCACCCCUUCAAGGAGUGGCUCGAUAAGGAGUCGCGUCAGAUCGCCCCCAUGCCGUUCGCCGCUGAGCCAGCCCUCUCCCCCGACGAAGUGCUCCGCAGGCAGAAUGCGUACGGGUAUUCGAGUGAGGAUGUGGUGAUGGUGAUAGAGAGCAUGGCAGCGCAGGCCAUCGAGCCCACCUUCUGCAUGGGCGACGACACACCCCUCCCCGUGCUCUCUGCACGCCCCCACCUCCUCUUCAACUACUUCAAGCAGCGCUUCGCCCAGGUGACGAACCCGGCCAUCGACCCCCUGCGCGAGGGCCUGGUGAUGUCUCUGGAGAUUGCGCUGGGGCGCCGAGACAACAUCCUUGACGUCGGUGCCGAGCAUGCCAACGUGGUGCGCCUCACCUCGCCAGUGUUGAACGAGGCGGAGAUGCAGGAGCUCAUGGAAGACAAGCAGCUCGCAGCAGCACUUUGUGUGCGACUCACCUCGCCAGUGCUGAACGAGGCGGAGAUGCAGGAGCUCAUGGAAGACAAGCAGCUCGCAGCAGCGCGCCUGCCCAUCUUCUUCGACGUCUCCCAGGGCGUUGAUGGCGCCCUCUCCCGCGGCCUUGACGCCCUCUGCGCUGCUGCCGACGCUGCUGUCGACUCCGGAGCGCAGCUGCUAGUGCUGUCGGACAACGCCGCCCAGCUCGACGCCACCCGGCCGGCGAUCCCGGCGUUAUUGGCCGUGGGCGCCGUGCACCACCAUCUGAUCCGCACUGGGAAGCGUCUGCAUGCGUCGAUAGUGGUGGAGACGGCGCAGUGCUUCAGCACGCACCACUUUGCGUGCCUGGUGGGGUACGGGGCGAGUGCUGUGUGUGCGUAUGGCGCGUUGGAGACGGUGCGGCAGUGGCGCGCGAGUGAGAAGACGCAGAAGCUCAUGACGUUUGGCAAGCUGCCCUCCGUCACCUCGGAGCAGGCUCAGCUCAACUACCGCAAGGCGAUAGAGAAGGGGCUGAUGAAGAUUUUGUCCAAGAUGGGCAUCUCGCUGCUGUCCAGCUACUGUGGCGCGCAGAUCUUUGAGAUCUACGGGCUCGGCGCCCCGGUGGUGGACCGCGCCUUCAAGGGCUCCGUCUCCCGCAUUGGAGGGCUCACCCUGGACGAGGUUCACGACACCUUUCUCCCCUCCCUCCUGCCCCCAUCGUUUCCCCAGCUUGCGAACGAGAGUCUGACGUUCUGGGCCAAGGGCUUUUGCACGGAGGGCAAGGGCAAGCUGGAGAACAUGGGGUUCCUGCAGGUGAGGCAGGGCGGCGAGUACCACAGCAACAACCCCGACAUGAGCAAGCUGCUGCACGCUUGCUAG